CAUGUUGUUAAGGAAAGCGUGUUUUCUUCUCCUAGUUUCGGUUUUCGCGGUGUCCGCGCAAUCGAUCGAUGAAGAAGAACGUGUGCAUGUCGGAGAAGGAAGUGGUAAUGGAAUCACAGACGAUGAAGAUAGUGACAUGGAGGGGUCAUCGCUUCCACCAGAUACUUAUUAUGCCACGACACCACAAAUUCGACAAAAGUUUGUUCCAAGUACAAAAAUGGAAACGACCACAACGAAGAUUGUCACAUUCACAACAUCGGAUAGAAUUGUGACAUCGCCGCGAAAUGUGAUCGAAGUUACUACAUCAUCUGAUUCUCGACCAUCAGUUCCCUCAGGAUCAUCAAUGUUUUUUGGAACUCAGGGAAUCUUCAUUAUUCUUGGAGCAAUCAUGGCUUUGCUCAUUAUUUUGAUUUUGCUUGUGUUAUGCUUUAAAGCAAGAAAUAACAAAAAACAAGCUUAUCGGCCAGGGCAACGAGAAAGUCCAGAUGCUCUCCUCAAGGAGUAACAAUUUUAAUAUCUCAAACUUUUAUUUGUUUUUCAAUUUGUCACGUUCUCUUUUCUUGUUAGGUUCUGAUAUCUUUUUAAAGCUUGCAUUUUUAUUUCCAUCUUUCACCUACUUUUUCAACAAUAUCCCAUCGCCCCCUCCUGAUGACACGAGUUUUUGAUCCCCACACCUUACAUUGAUCCCUUCACUUAUUCUAUCGGGAAAAACUAUAACAAGUUAUUUUUAAAUUGUAUUUUUGAAAUACCUUGUGGACAUGAUUUUUUCAACAAAAAUAUUUAACAAAAAAAAGAGAGGAGUACGGUUCAUCACGUAGAUCACAAAUACUUUUUUGAAAAUAGCAUUAGUUUUAUUCUUGAUAGUACUUUAUCUACCGUUCUUUUUAUCCCAUUUUCCCGGUCUUUUUUUCCCACUUUUUUAUUAUUUUCCUUUUCUCUUUUUCUAGUGACAUCUCAAUAACAAAAAAUUCAAAAUUACCGACCAAAAUAAUUAUUCUUGUGCAAUAGAAAGCAUUUUAUUCGAAAUUAUUUUUGUUCAAAAAUGAUCACCUAGACUUUCUCACACAAUGGUGCAGAUUUUUGUCUAAAUUCGAUUCAAAAUAGGGUUAGUGUGAACAAUUCUGUACUUUUUUCAAUCAGUUAACUCAAGACGAUCUUCAGGCUUUUUUUUAUUGUAAUUAUUAAUUUUCUAUGCAUGUUUUGUUUUUAUUUAUCUUGUGUCAUUUUUUUUGUGAAACCAAUUGUAAAACCGAAUCUGAUUGAAUAAAUUAUCAUUCGUU